GAGAGCUCAGUGUUACAGACCUGUCCACUGAGGAGUGAAGAACAAGAGAGGGGAGGACAGAAGAAGAAGAAGACAUACCUGAGAAAAGAAAAAUAAGAAAGACAGUCAUCACCAGGGAAUUUGGGAAUUAGGAGCUGACAAAUAAAAGAAGACUGGACAGAAGAAAGAAUUUAAAGUAACCUGUCUGUGUGGAAGGACCGUCUCCAGCAUGUUCCUCCUUGUCUCGUUGUGUAUGUGUGGUCUCCUGCUGCGAGCGGACGCUCAGGACCGAGCUGCUCUGUGGAAGGGCAACGACCGGGGUGGACGAUGCCAGUACACCUUCACCGUGCCCAGCCCCGCCGAGGCCAGCUGCCCGCAGACCGGGGGCCCCGAGGUGGAGGGCCUGAAGGCUAGACUCAACCUGCUGGAGGUGCUGGUGUCCCGGCUGACCGGAGGGGAGACUGGGGGCCCCCAAGGGGCCACAGCCAGAGCUGAGUCUGGGCUUCAGGAGGCUCUGAACCGGGCCACGGCGGAGAGGAACCUGCUGCAGCGGGAGAAGGAGCGUCUGGAGCAGGAGCUGGGGGGGCUGCAGCGUAGGAUGGAGGACAUGAGGAGGGAGACGGAGAGGCUGAAGAACAGACCCUGUCCUCCACAGACCCCCAUGGUCCCACCAAGCCCCCCUCUGCAGGACAGUGGCCUGAUGAGACCUGCGGGGGGUUCCAAUCCGAUGUCUCACCUGAUGACCAGGCCCAACAGGCAGGGAGACAGCAGCAGUUUGAGAGACUCAGCGUGGCAGUACGUACCUCCAGGCUUCCAGGAGCUGAAGGCCGAGGUGACGGAGGUUCCCGCUCCAGACGGAUCUGAGGACAACACAGGUUGUGGGGAGUUGGUUUCAGUCGGUGACCCGGUCACUCACAGGAAGGCGGACAACAUAGCAGGUAAAUAUGGAGUUUGGAUGCAGGACCCCGAGGCCGUCUCCCCUUAUGGACCGGACAUGGUCUGGCGCAUCGACACCAUCGGCUCUGACGUCCGGCAGCUGUUUGGGUAUGACGACAUGGAGCAACUCUCUAAAGGCUUCCCAUCCAAGGUCCUGAUGCUGCCGGAGCUGGUGGAGAGCACCGGUGCCACUCUGUACCGAGGCUCUCUGUAUUACCAGAGACGUCGCAGCCGCUCCAUCAUCCGCUUCGACCUGGCCUCCGAGACCACCGCAGCCCGCCGUGACCUCCCCCACGCCGGCUUCCACGGCCAGUUCCCUUACUCCUGGGGCGGCUACACGGACAUCGACCUCUCCGUGGACGAGCAGGGCCUGUGGGCCGUCUACUCCACCAACAAGGCCAAGGGAGCCAUCGUGAUGUCGCAGCUCGAUCCGCACAGUCUGGAGGUGAAGAGGAGCUGGGAGACCAACAUAAGGAAGCUCUCCGUGGCCAACUCCUUCAUCAUCUGCGGCAAGCUGUACACCGUGGCCAGCUACACGUCGCCCGACACCGUCAUCAACUACGUGUACGACACUAAAACCAGCCAAGGGAAGUCCGUGGCCAUCCCCUUCAGGAACAAGUACCGCUACAACAGCAUGAUCGACUACAAUCUGGCUCAGAGGAAGCUGUUCGCUUGGGACAACUUCCACAUGGUGUCCUAUGACAUCAGGCUGGGGCGCCAGCAGCCGGCCAACUAAGGCCGCCAUGAUGACUGUUGAAAAGUGACAUUUUGCUCACCUGUUCCUGCUUCAAAGACUCAGCUUUAGAGCAUAAUGUGUGUGGUAGUAUUAGUAGUUAUAACACCAUCAGUAUCAACAUGUAGAAGAGCCGAACUACCAAACUCCAAAGUGAAAUGAAGACGUUAGAGGAACAGCGUCCCCCACGUGUGCUUUUUUUUUUUUUUCUCCAGUGGGAGGGCUUUACUGUGGCACAUGUUUUUAGAGGAAUUAUUUUUGUACUGCCUUUAAUUCAGAUGUAUGAUUUCGUUGUUUUCUUGAUAAGCUAUAUAUAUAUUUGAGGACUGAAAGAUGAAAGAAUAUUAUAAGCUAAGUGGGAUAAUUACAAUACACUUUAAUUAAAUCACAAACUCCCGUGGUACUACACGCCCUACAGUGUUUCACCAGUCAACAUCUUCUAUUAAAUAAACUGCUCUCUCACUCAGCAUGUAUUGAAUAUUGCAUGUACACUGUAGUCAACAUAAUGACGUAAUGUUCAAAAUCAUGAAAUAAACUUCUUCCUAAAUUACA